AUGGCGAACAGGCGAGGGAGACGGGGGUGCCGAAAACGUGGUAAAAACCAUAGCCACUGCAGAAUCCAACACGGUGCAGAUUUCAUCAACUCUAUGCCAGAUGACAUCCUUCAACAUAUUCUCUCCUUUAUUCCCACCGAUUUGGCCAUGAGAACUUGCGUCUUAUCCAGACGGUGGAGGCAUGUAUGGUGCGAGACACCUUCUCUCUACAUCCAUGAGUUUAGACUAAAGGAUGGAGCGAUAAACCAAACCCUAACUUCCUACAAGGCUCCCAAUAUCACUAGUUGCGAUCUUAUUAUGAGGGCUGAUUACAAUGCAGCCAAGGUUAAUAACUGGAUCGAGUUCGUUCUCUCCCGCAAUGUGCAGAAGCUGUCUGUGUCCAUUGUAGAUUUUACAUACUCCAAGACUUACAGUUUUCCGGAUAUCUUCUAUCUAAGUUCCUCUCUAAAGCAACUCACCGUGGUAGUGGACUUUUGUGAUAUGAUUCCCGGUUGCAUAGUGUCUUGGAAAUCCCUAAGGAACUUGUCGCUGCUUGCUUGUAGACUUUCAGAUGAAUCCAUUGAUAAUAUUCUCUCUGGCUGUCCAAUCCUCGAAAGCUUGACACUGGACAAUUGCACAUUACUUGAGCGUCUUGAUCUGAGUAAAUCACCGAGUUUGAGGAUAUUGGAUAUAGAUCGGGAGUGUCUGACUUCAGGGCCAGUUGUGAUUAUAGCGCCACACAUCCAUCGUUUGAGAUUGAGAUACUCGGUGUCACCAUCUACUUUAGUGGAUGUCUCCUCUUUGACCGAAGCUGACCUUAACAUUGUCUGUCUCUCACUGUUUCCCUCGAAGGCUGAUUUUUAUCAAACCAUGGCGCUGGAGAUGCUAGCAAAAUCACACAACGUAGAGAGGCUUACUCUUGGGGAAACCCUUCUUCAGAUUCUGUCUCUCGCCGAGCUCCGUGGUGUUCCUUUCCCAACGCUCAAGGUCCAAACUUUGAUUGUUAAAACGGAGUUUGUUCGAUCCAUUAUCCCUGGUAUAUCAAGGUUACUACAGAAUUCACCUGGAUUAAAGAAGCUAACAUUGCAUACAAUGCACAGCCACGACAUAAUGGAUAUGCGUCGUUUAAAAGGCUUAAUUCCGGAUCAGCACUGUUGGAGAUCAACAUGUGAGGUGUUUCCUACAUCAAAGGAGAUCUAUAACAUGUUGGGUUGUAAUGAUGCAACGUCGAAAUUCUUGGCUUCGUUCAUUGAAUUAGUGGUGAGAAACGCAAAGACACUUGAGAGGAUGGUUAUAUGGUUGGGAGGUAGUUACUUUAAUGAUGCACAGUGGUUCGAAGAGAUGCUUCAGAUGGUUGAAACGAUUUCUCACAACAAUAAUGUCUCCAUUGUGCUCAAACGAAGCAAUUGCUAA